UAUGUAUUUCAAGCCAAGAUCGGCAACGGCGCUUUCGGAACGGUAUAUCGGGCAGUUCACUCCUAUACCGGAGCUACAUUUGCAGUCAAGGAGAUCCACAAGCUUGGAAAACAGAGCUUGCGAGAACCAGCGAUUCUGCAAAGCCUCUCUCAUCGCAACAUUGUGAAGUUUAUCGAGUUUAUCUCGAUGGAUCAAGACAAUACUAUGAUAGUUAUGGAACUCGUUCACGGCCUCAACCUGGAGAUAUUACAUGCACAAUCGCCAUUCACACUAGAUGAUACACGAGAGCUCGCGACUGAAAUGCUCUUCGGUCUGGAUUAUCUUCACUCCAAUCGUAUCACGCAUCGUGAUCUAAAACCAGCCAACAUCCUGGUACCUCAGCGCAAUCCGAUACAUAUCAAAAUAACUGAUUUCGGUCUAGCAGUUGCACGGUCUCAACAACUCAAGACAAAUUGUGGCACAGCCCUCUACCUAGCUCCUGAAGUUCUCUCCGAGGCCUGCUACACUAACAAGGUCGACCUGUGGUCUCUCGGAGUGAUUGCUCUGGAGCUCGUUCUGGGGCUGCCCGAUUACCCA